GCGGUUUAUACAUAACACUAUGAUAUAAUGAACAUUGCUGCAGUCGCUAAUGUGACCACAGUCGUUUAUUAUGGUAACAAAAUGGUCCAUUGCCCCCCUGGCUGAGUGCGCAGCCAACCAUGUUUGUAAACUGGAAAAACAAGCAAGUAUCCACUUUUGUUUCUAAGCUGCUGCAAAGAUAAAAUGAUAAAGACCAGAACUUCAGAAUUAAGUAAAAUAACAAUUGAUAGCAAAGCAGAUAUGUAGAAAUGUACACAAUAUUGUUUCAUUCUCUGAACCACAGGGGGCAACCAAACAUACCAUCAAGCAUAAAAGAAGCAUUAUAUAAUACAGAUAUGGAGAAUGAAGGCCCACCCAUCUUUGCACCUGAGCAAGAAUCAAACUGGUCUCCAUUCUACGAUGAAUGAGGAGAGAGAGGACUGGGGUCCCAACUCUAAAACCACUCUGUCUGGGGAACAUGGCCGCCAGAGCAAAGCUAAGGGCCCAGAGCAGCAGAAGAGAGUAAACUCCCCUGUACCAAGCCGUGUCUCCAUGAAGAGUGAUGGGUCUAUGGAUUUUCCUCCUAACUUUCAGGAUGGAAGUCACCAACGUGCUGAGAACAGUGGGAAGCAUGAGGGUGCAGUCUCCCCUGGACCCAGCUGUGUCUCCAUGAAUAGUGACCGUUCUAUGGGUCUUUUUCCUGACUUCAAAAAAGGACAACCCUCCAGAAAGGAGAGACAACCCCAGGUGUGUUCAAAGGUUACCGGUGCUCAGUGUGUACCGCAACUUCAAACAGAGCUGAUCAAGAUGGCUGAGGAGAGGGUACACGCUUUUGUAGACAAGGAGCUGAAGAAGCUCUGGAGGGAUAUUUUCCCGCAUGACCCACAAGGCUCAGAGACUCAGAGGGAGGAGGAGGAGGAGGAGGGGUUGGAUUGUAAGAAUGAGGAUCAGAGGAGGCGUGCCAUAGAGGGAGUAGUAGACAUCACAAAGCUCUGUCUGUUGGAGCUCAACCAGGAUGAACUCGCCGGCAAACUGAGGAGCGAAUCUGUUGCUGUAGAGUGCCAAAAUAAAAUCAAGGCUCAUCUGAUGGAGAAGUUCAGGUGUGCGUUUCAGGGAGUUGCUAAAGCAGGACUGCCAACAGGUCUGAACACCUUCUACACAGAGCACUACAUCACAGAGAGAGGCAGUGGAGAGGUCAACAAGGAACAUGAGGUCAGACUGAUUGAAACAGCUGCCAAGAAAACUGCCAAGGAGGGAACAAAAAUUAAAUGUGAAGACAUCUUUAAACCCUUGCCGGGACAAGAUCAACCAAUCAGAACAAUAAUGACAACUGGAGUAGCUGGCAUCGGUAAAACCGUUUUAACACACAAGUUCACUCUUGACUGGGCUGAAGGCAAAGCCAACCACGACAUACACUUCACAUUUCCCAUCUCUUUCAGAGAGCUGAAUUUACUGAAAGAGAAGGAGUUUAGCUUGGUGGAACUUCUUCAUCAUUUCUUUAUUGAAACCAAAGUGGCAGGCAUCUGCAGAUACGAUCAGUUCCAAGUGGUCUUCAUCUUGGAUGGUCUGGAUGAGUGUCGACUUCCUCUGGACUUCCAGAACAACCAGAUCUGGACCGAUGACACAGCGUUGACCUCGGUGGACGUGCUGCUGACAAACCUCAUCGAGGGCAACCUGCUUCCCUCUGCACGCAUCUGGAUAACCACACGCCCUGCGGCAGCUAAUAAGAUCCCUGCUCAGUGUGUUGGCAUGGUGACAGAGGUGAGAGGGUUCACCGACCCACAGAAGGAGGAUUACUUCAAGAAGAGAUUCAGAGAGUGUGCGCUGGCAGGCACCAUCCUCUCCCAUAUCAAGAAAUCACGAAGCCUCUACAUCAUGUGUCACAUCCCAGUAUUCUGUUGGAUCACUGCUACAGUACUGGAUGACUUCUUCAAAACAUCCCAGAGAGGAGACAAGAUGCCCCAGACCCAGACUCAGUUGUACAUCCAUUUCCUGAGAGUUCAGUCCAUACAAGGGAUCAGGAAGUAUCAUGGGAGCGCAGAAACAGAUUCUCAACGGAGUUCAAAGAGCAGGGAGAUCAUUGUUUCUCUGGGAAAACUUGCUUUUAACCAGCUAGAUAAAGGCAACCUGAUCUUCUACGAGGCAGACCUGGCAGAAUGCAGCAUCGAUAUCAGAUCAGCCUCAGAAUACUCAGGAGUGUUCACCCAGCUGUUCAAAGAGGAAUGUGGACUUUACCAGCUGAAGGUAUUCUGCUUUGUCCAUCUGAGCAUCCAGGAGUUUCUGGCUGCCCUUUAUGUCUUUCUGUCCUUCAGAGACACUGGUGUAAAUCUGCUCUCAGAAGAACAACUGAACUCGCAGGAAGAAGAAUUCCUCUACCAGAGUGCUGUGGACAAGGCCUUGCAGAGUGAGAACGGACACCUGGACUUGUUCCUCCGCUUCCUCCUGGGUUUCUCUCUGGAGACCAAUCAGAUUCUCCUACAAGGUCUGCUGGGACAGACAGCAAGUAGCUCAUGGACCAAUCAUGGAAUAGUAUCGUACAUCAAGGAGAAGAUAAGUGGAGAUCUCGCUCCAGAGAGGAGCAUCAAUCUGUUCCACUGUCUCAAUGAGCUGAACGACCAUUCUCUAGUGGAGGAGAUUCAACAGUACCUGACAUCAGGAAGUCCCUCCAAAGAAUCUCUCUCCCCUGCUCAGUGGUCAGCUCUGGUCUUCAUCUUACUUUCCUCAGAAGAGAAUCUGGACGUGUUUGACCUAAAGAAGUACUCAGCUUCAGAGAAGGGUCUUCUUAGGAUGAUGCCAGUGGUGAAAGCCUCAAAAACAUCUCUGCUGAAUGGCUGUCAGCUGUCAGAGAGAUGCUGUGAAGCUCUGUCUUCAGUACUCAGCUCCAACUCAUGUCUGAAAGAGAUGGAUCUGAGUGGUAAUGUUCUACAGGAUUCAGGAGUGCAGCUGCUCUCUGCUGGACUGAGGAGUCCACACUGUACACUGCAAACUCUCAGGCUGAAUGACUGUAAGCUGUCAGAGAGAUGUUGUGAAGCUCUGGCCUCAGUUCUCAGCUCCAGCUCCUCUAGUCUGAAAGAACUGGACCUGAGUGCCAAUGAUCUUCAGGAUUCAGGGGUGAAGCUGCUCUCUGCUGGACUGGGAAGUCCACACUGUACACUGGAAACUCUAAGGUUGUCUGGCUGCCUGGUCACACAGGAAGGCUGUGCUUCUCUGGCCUCAGCUCUGAGAUCCAACCCCAACUAUCUGAGAGAGCUGGACCUGAGCUACAAUCACCCAGGAGACUCAGGAGUUAUGCUGCUCUCUGCCGGACAAGAGGAUCCACACUGCAGUCUGGAGAUUCUCAGUAUCGAGCAUGGUGGAGUGUGGAGGCUGAAAUCAGCUCUGAAGAAAUAUGCCUGUGAACUCACACUGGACCCAAACACCGCCAACGUAAAACUCUCUCUGUCUGAUGACAACACAAAGGUGACAGUGGUUGAAGAAAAACAGUCGUAUCCUGAUCACCCAGAGAGAUUUGACUUCUUUAAACAGGUGUUGUGUAGAGAGGGUCUUACUGGCCGCUGUUACUGGGAGAUUGAGAGGGAAGGAGAUAUUGCCACAGGAGUGACAUACAGAGGAAUCCCAAGGCUAGGAUAUGGUGGUGAUAGCGCAUUUGGAUGGAACAGCAAGUCCUGGCGUAUUGAUUGUCGUGAAGAUGGGUACACUGCCUGGUACAACGGUAUUAGAACAGAAAUAUGUCUUCCCCCCCCUGGCUCCAACAGGUUAGGAGUGUAUCUGGAUUGGUCUGCUGGUACUCUGUCCUUCUACAGAGUGUCCCCAGGUAUUGAAGGGUCCUCAGACACAAUGACACACAUCUACACCUUUCAUGCCACAUUCACCCAGGAACUCCACCCUGGGUUUAGGUUAUGGAGUUCUGGGGCCAGAUUCACGAAAAUAUCUUAAAAAGCAAGUGAACCCGCUGCUCUCUUUUGGUGUUUUUCCAUUUGCACUUUGGGCCGUGCCGAGUCAGUACUUGACUUGUGUUUUAGCUACCAGUUUAAACAAGCCGAGCCGCACCCAACGACAUUUCCAAGAUCUGGCCAAAGCGUGCCUGAACCUCCUCCAAGCGGGCUGCAAUGUCGUCAGCGCAAACAUCAAAGUCAAGGGAAUGUUCUCCGCACAUGCACUCCAGGGCUUUAUAGUAUAAGUGUUUAUAUGUUUCUUUAAGUAGUUAGCAUUUCCUGCCAACCAUUCUUGUGAACAUUCUGCUCAGCACAGAACUCAAAAUGCUCAAAAUGCUUCAGAAGCGCACUUUGACAAAACAGAUGCUUAACUUACACUGCAAGAUCUCAAUUUUCAAAUACCAUAUAAACUUGUUUUUUUAAUAAGAAAUUACCUGAAUCUGCCCCCUGCCUCCGUGUGUCAUUUGUAGGAACACACACACACAAAUAUAUACACAGACAUACAUUUCAAGCAUGUUUAAAAACGCAUACACAUGCAUUCAGGCCUUCAUGCGCACACGCACACACACACACACACUAUUUUUAGAGCUUGGUUGUUAAUUGCUAAUCCAUCUCUGUAUUCCAACUGCUGGGCUGUUUUACUUAGUGGCAACAUUAGAUUUGAGGGGAACUCUGCGGGUUGAGCCUGGGGGGGUUCACACCCCUGAUGCAACGUUUGUUUGUAAUAACUGGUAAUCUGUAUACAAUUUGAAUAUCUUUACGCCUGGAACUACAUGUAUUACAUUUUGUUGUUUUAAUAGCAGCUGUUUUUGCUCUGAACAAGUCAACUUGGAGAGUUUAAAUGUUGAAUAUACUCGAGGGCUUUUUAUUCUGACACGUUUUGAUUUGAUAAGCCUGACACGGAGCCUGAUUUAAAAGAGAUUGAAUAUUGUAUUCGUAAUAGGAGUGGUCGAUGGGGAAAGCGAAUGAUGUUCAUUUUCUGAAUGACAAACUGAAUAUUGAUUCCCUGUGUUCAGUUGUGAACACCACGAAAGCAGAACAUGUUCAGUUAUUAACGAUAUGUGCACACCUGUUUAUGAUUUUUCAUGUAAGGGACAAUUUAUUCUGAUCUGUUUUUUAAUAAAGCAUAACGGUAUUAAACAA